AUGGAGAAGUUUCCGGACCACAUCGAUGCGCCCGUCAUGGGAAACGGGGACGCUCACUCCCCCGUUCAGAGCCAGUUCCACAGUCUUCCCGAUGGUGAUCAACCUCGACAACUGCCAGACCGCUGGCUUCCUGUACCGCGCAGGGAGCAUAGUAGCUCGGGAUGGUCGCCCUUGGGAUCGCCAGGCGUAGGUCGCCAUAACCGCCAAAAGAGCCUCCAAGAUGCCUUUCGCACAAUUCGCACACGCAACGGCAGUGUGAGCCAGAACGCGCAUGAGCUGGCCGAUGCUCUCAGAGCGCCACUUUCGCCCAAGCUUAUUAUCCUGUGUCUGUUGUGGUACACCUCGUCUGCGCUCACCAACACAUCCUCGAAAUCCAUCUUGAAUGCCUUUGACAAGCCGGCGACACUCACGGUCGUGCAAUUUGCCUUUGUCUCGACGUUGUGCAUACUCUUUGCACAGCUGGCAGUCAUCUUCCCUAGUCUUCGCACCAAGAUCACCGCCCUGAGACACCCGAUCCGACCCCCAUCCAAGGACGUGAUCAUGACGACACUUCCCCUCGCGGCUUUCCAAAUCGGUGGACAUCUGCUUAGCUCGACAGCGACGGCCAAGAUCCCCGUCUCGCUGGUUCACACGAUCAAGGGGUUGUCUCCGCUGUUCACCGUACUCGCUUACCGCCUGAUAUACGAUAUUCGUUAUCCGAAAGCGACAUACCUGUCCCUCAUUCCGCUGACGGCUGGUGUCAUGCUGGCAUGCUCUGGCAAGCAUGGAUUGGGAGGAGAGUUCCUGGGGAUCAUCCAGGCGCUUCUCGCGACGUUGAUCUUUGUGACUCAGAACAUCUUCUCAAAGAAGCUGUUCAACGAGGCCGCGAAAGCAGAGCGAAACGGCGCGACUGCCCAGUCCAAGAAGCUGGACAAGCUCAAUCUCCUGUGCUACUCGUCGGGAAUGGCCUUGUUGUUGACUUUGCCCAUUUGGUUCUGGAGCGAGGGUAUUACAUUGCUCAGGGAUUUCCUCAACGAUGGGUCGAUUGCUUUGAAGGACGGACCCGAGGCAAUGGACCACGGACGCCUGCUUUUGGAGUUUAUCUUCAACGGCGUUACCCACUUUGGCCAGAAUAUUCUUGCCUUCGUGCUGCUGUCCAUGGUCUCGCCAGUUACAUACUCCGUGGCCAGCCUGAUCAAGCGCGUCUUUGUUAUUGUGCUGGCUAUCAUAUGGUUCCGCAGUCCGACGACCCCUGUCCAAGCCGCCGGCAUUGCACUCACUUUCCUCGGGCUGUAUCUGUAUGACCGCACAAGCGAGAGCAACAAGGCGGAUCGCAAAGUCCGCAUGAUGACACAGACUAAGACGCCUGCGCCUCUGCUGCCCAUCGAUGAAGGCCAGCCCGGGAGCCACAACGGAACACCAUCAGGUAUCCACCCCUGCAAUGAGGGGAGCUACUUCUCACCAAUCUCGACGGCUGCCGAGGAUACCAAGAAAACCGAUGACCUGUCUGGAACGGGAUCGAGAAGGAAGAGGGGGCACAGCAGUUCGCAGUGGUUGGCUCCUGGGACAAAGCAGGAAGACACUUGGCGGUCCCCUGACCGCGCCGUCCCGGCAUGA